AUGCGCAUCGCACUGCUCCUCCUCGUCUGCGCUGUCGUGCUGGUCGUAGCCAGCCCCAACAUAGAGGAGCGGAAGAAGAAGAAGAAGAUCAGACGGCCAACUGUUACGGCUACCCCGCCCGCUCCUGCAGCCGUAGCUGACGUACCUGCUGCUGACGCACCAGCAGCAGCUGUCUCGAGCGCAGCGUAUGCGGAAAAGCCCGAUAGACAUACUAGUACUCGUUGCUUCGAACAAUAA